CGGAUUAUCUGUGCGGCUCAGGAAGAAAUUUCCGUAUGUCGUACCCGAAUGUGAAAGCUGGCCGAAGCCUGGGUGGCAGCCCAUUUCUUUGCCUUUGCUGUUAUUCAGUACCGUCAAGCGAACUAAAAUGCAAGUGAGGGAUCUGACAUGCUGAGCUGCCAUGGGCUGCCUGCGCUCGAAACCCGAUGCGGGUUUUCGCUUCGUUAGAUACGCGGCGCUUUCUCUUCUGCUUUUAGGCUCGGUUCAAAGCAAGAACACGUCGUGCACAACACCAUCUCUGCCAGCCGGAAGCCGAAUUUGGCAAGGGGACGACUUUGUGAAGUUUGAAAAAGAGCCCAGCGUGGUGAUUGAUGGUUACAGCCUGUCAGUUCGUUACCUGUGCUCACGACCCUGUGUGGUGGGGGUGGAUGUGGUAGCCCCCACUGAGUGGAGGACUGGGCCAUUGGUCUUCCAGAAGACAUGGACGAACCAGCACCAUCUCGGCUCAGUUCGGAGAUGCUCGCUACCCCUGCGUUUCCCUGCUGCCAUGGCAUACCAGACAGACUUCUAUGUCAGGCACUCUAUAGACGCCCGAGAUGUCAUGCUGAGGGCCUGGUUAGACCACCUCGGGAGGACCAAUGGGAGCAUAGGUGGUCUUAAUGCGUACCACACAUCUCUCGCCCACGUUUUCAGGAUCCUGAGGACCUUGCCUGCAUCCAAGCGCCCGGUUAAGCAGCACAGAACCUGCCUUUCCUGGGGGCCAGAAUUAUUAUGGAAGCUGAACCAAAACAGACUCAACUGGUGUCCUCAUGAAUCAGGCAUCGUGCCCCUGCUGACCUUCCCUCUGGCAAGCACCGGCGAGCGAUUCGGGGUUAUCCGUCAUUUCCAGCCCUUCGUCAACAAAGAGCUGGAGGACCUUCGUAAUGGCACCACAGAGGAACCCAGGCUCACCCUCUCUCUGUGGAUUUACCUGUUAAGCUGGUGCGACCGUGACUUCUGUGGCAUCCUGCAGCACAUGGACCGGCACGACACCUUCGACACGCCCAUGCUUAUGCUCGAUGGCAGGGGGGACGUCAUUUUGCAGGUGAGACUGGUAUCCGGAGAAGCUCGCAGCUUCCGGUCGUACACAGCCCUCCCUCUCAGAGUCUGGCACCGCCUGGACGUCUUCAUGGAUGGAUCCAAGGCGAUGCUGAAGGUGACGUCCCACGCCGUGACGCCGGCGAGCGCGGGAAAGCCGUACGCCUACACUUUCCAGGCUGAUAUCCACUACGACGACACUGCUGGCUACUUCAUGAUUGGCGGUGGCAGGUUUAUGCCCGGCAUCCAGGGCUACUUUGGACCAAUCACAUACCACCGCCUGGGUGGACAUGAGGUUUGGAACCCUCUGUCUCCAGAGCUGACUGCGUUGGGUCUAGACCAAACACAUCGGGUGUGUGAGGAGGUGAUGGGAGUCAUCCUGGGGUUUGCCCAGCCUCUGAGAGACACUGAGGAUGUCCAGCGUUCCUGCAGGUCAUACUACGUGGGUCUCAAGCGGAGGUUUGAGCAUCUGAGCUGUAGAGCUCCGCCUCGAAGUGCAGACCGCCGCCAUCACAUUGUCCUGCGGCUUCUCAAGGCUCUGGGGCGAAACUACAUCUCAGGCUCCGAGAGCGGGACCGUGUUUAAGCGUCUUGGGAGGUGGUCCUAUGAGCUCGCUAAGAGGAAGCUGGCCCGCGCCCGCCCCGGUUCUGGCCCGGUGUCCUCUGCGGUACGGCUCCUGCAGGUGUCCAGCUGCUGUGGAAACUCACAAGCAUCCCUGCUGCUGGCGGCUGUUUACCUGGGCGGCCUUGGGGUGCCUGAGGACCCCGUGAAGGGUCAAAUCUACAGUCUGGUUGGCGCUCAGGCGGACGGCCGACUCACUCUCAUGCACCUGGGUUACAAGCACGCUCAGGGACUUGAUGGCUUUCCUCGGGAUUACAGCAUGGCCUACUGUUACUACAGUAACGUUGGCAAGCAGACCUGCGCCGAUCGGUGGACAGUGCCGAUGACUCAACAAUACACCACAGAGUUGAUCCUCCUCACUGAUGACGAGGCCUUGAAGUCUCAAAUGGAUGAAGAUGGCGACAUCUUCCAGUAUUUCAAAUUCCAGGCCGAAAGGGGAGACCUGGAGGCUCAGAAAACAUUAGCCAGGAUGCUGCUCUGGGGAGAGCAAGGAGUGUCCAAAGACACCGAGGGUGCUCUUCGGUGGUACGCUGAGAGUGCCAUGAGGAUGACCGACCCACAGGCUAUGUAUGACUACUCCAUAUUACUCCUGAAGGGCCAUGGCAAGAAGAAGAACAGGACAUUGGGCCUUCGUCUACUGGAGAAAGCUGCAUCAAUGGGUUUCCCAGAAGCCAUCAAUGGCGUGGGAUGGUAUUACAGCGUCUUCAUGGCCGACUCCGCCACAGCGUUGAGGUACUUUGAAAGGGCCGCACAGACAGGCAACAAGGACGCGAUCUACAACCUCGGCUUGCUCUACAUGAGCGGCAAACACCCGAAGAAGCCAGGGAAGAACCAGACUGCGGCCUUUCAGCACUUCCUGAAAGCUUCCGGCAAGGGGCAUUUGGAGGCGGGCAUGGAAGCCGCCUGGUACUACGCCACAGGGGUCCUGCCUGCGGUUGGGCGAGACCCCGAGAGAGCUGUCCUCCUGCUGAAGGAGAUCUGUGAGCAGAACGGAUAUCUGGGGUCCAUCCUGAGGAAGGGACUCAAUGCCUACCUGAAGGGGUCCCGAGUGGAGUCGCUGCUGAGUUACCUUCUCGCGGCGGAGACGGGAGUGGGCGUGGCCCAGAACAACGCGGCACACCUGUGUGAGGAGCUGACCGAGCUGGGACAGGCUUAUGGCUGUGAAUGGCGGUACUACAACCAAUCUACCUUUAAUUACUACCCCCAUCCCGCCGGGCUCCUGAAGAUGGGGGACUUUUAUUAUGAAGGUCAGAAUAACCAGAGCCGGGACGCCAGGUUAUCUGUCUUGAUGUAUGCCAGCGCCGCCUUGGCUGGCAGCCCCCAGGGAAUAUUUAACCUGGCAGCCAUGAUUGAGAUGGGGCAUGACAUUCCGGAGAAGAUUCUAGAGCAGUUAAAGGUCAGCAAGCGGGAUCAACUGGAUAGGAGCGCCGUGUUGGAGAAACUCUAUCUGCGCUGCAGACAAUAUGAAAACCAGGAGGACGUGACUCCUUGCUCGCUGGCUCUCCUCAGAGUUCGGCUGUCGAGGGUCUGGAGGACGUUCACUACUGGAGCUCUGCGAUACUUUUGGGCCUGCCUUAUUGGCAGUGGCGCAGUCCUCCUCUCCGCCAUAAUACUAAGCCCCAUCCACAGAGGAAUGCUGGCAGCGCAAAGUGAACGCAGAGGAGCCGCUACUGCUGCCGGUGGCCGGGGGCCUACGGCCGCCCCGGGCCUGGGCUGGCGGGACCUGCAGCAGCUCAGGGACUGGGCCUGGUGCGUGCUGGGGGCCUGUCUGUGCGCGGCUGGCUCAGUGCUGCUCGCACAGAUAUUAUAAUGUCUGCGAUCAUCUUGAAGGAGGCAGGGAACAGCAGAGUAGAAGAUGUGCAUUUUGAAUUUGAUGUCAGCAGCAUCAUCAUCAUUAUUAUUGGUUGUUAUUUAUUACGUUGGAUAGGUUUUACACCUAACCUUAUCCAGAAUGCAUAGCAUAUCCAUCCAUCCAUCCAUCCAUCCAUAUUCCAGUCACUUGGAAGGUCAGAAGGGCCCGGGACCCGUCUCAUGGAAAUUCUGCCCACACAGUGUUUUAUAUGUCAACUAUAUGUCUUAUGUUUACAUUAACUGCAUUUAGCAAACAGUUUGGUCCAAAGUGAUGUAAAAGUCAGGCAAAUAACACAUUACAAACAAAACCUUUAAUGAACAUUGAGUCAAAGGGUUUGUAUCAUUUUCAAAAGUGUUGUUUCCUGUUUUUUUUUUACACAUCGAAGUAAUGAAGUGCAGUUUUACAUCUCAUGAAUAUUAUUGCAUCUGUAGUACAAUGGUGAAUUUGGAGAAAGCCUGAGAUUAAACAUCGCAAACUGCA